AUGGCCGAGGACGAGAAGAAAGCCAAGAAGGGGAAGAAGGGGAAGAAGGCCCCCGAGCCGGAGAAGCCCAAGCGGAGCCUGAAGGGGACCUCCCGGCUGUUCAUGGGCUUCCGCGACCGCACGCCCAAGAUCUCCAAGAAGGGCCAGUUCCGGAGCGCGUCCGCCUUCUUCUGGGGCCUGCACACCGGCCCGCAGAAGACGCGGCGCAAGCGGAAGGCGCGCACCGUGCUGCAGUCCACGUCCAAGCUCAUGACGCAGAUGCGCAUGGGCAAGAAGAAGCGCGCCAUGCGGGGCAAGAAGCCGUCCUUCAUGGUCAUCCGCUUCCCCGGCCGCCGCGGCUACGGCCGCCUCCGGCCCCGGGCCCAGUCGCUCAGCAAGGCCUCCACGGCCAUCAACUGGCUCACCAAGCGGUUCCUCAUCAAGAAGGCCGAGGAGGCGGGCAGCGAGCAGGCCGCGGUGGACGCCUGGCUGAGCCGCUCGGGCUCCCGCGUGGGCUCCCGCAAGCUGCCCUUCCCCUCGGGCGCCGAGAUCCUGCGGCCGGGGGGCCGCCUGCGGAGGUUCCCGCGCAGCCGCAGCAUCUACGCGUCCGGGGACCCCGUGGGCUUCCUGCCCUUCGAGGACGAGGCCCCGUUCCGGCACGCGGGCUCCCGCAGGUCGCUGUACGGGCUGGAGGGCUUCCAGGACCUGGGCGAGUACUACGACUACCACCGCGAGGGCGACGCCUACUACGACCAGCGGUCCCUCCCCCAGUACGAGGAGCCGGACCCCGGCCUGGCCCCCUACGGCGCCUACGGCGCCUACGGCCCCUACGACCCCUACGGCCCCUACGACCCCUACAGCGCCUAUGACCCCUACGGCCCCGCCUGGCCGCCCUAUGGAGACCACACCCACGGGUACCCGCCCGAGGACCCCUACGACUACUACCCCCUGGACUACUAUGGCGGCCCCUACCACCCCACGCCCGCCUACGGCUACAGCUACAGCUACGGCUACGAGGAUCACGAGCCGCCCUACGCUCCCCCGGGCGGGUAUGCGUCGCCCUACAGCUACUACGACGGCGAGCCUUACCCGCAGAGCUACUACCUGGACCCCUUUGCACCUUACGGUGGGCCAUACCUGCCCUAUGACUUCCCGUACGACGUACCCUCGUUGGAUCCCUACGGGCUGCCCUAUGAGGCCCCCUAUGGCAUCCCCUACGCGGAAGGCGUCUAUGGUGGCGGGGACCAGGCCAUAUACCCCCCCGAAGUGCCCUAUCUGUAUCCGGAGGAGUCGGCCUUUGCAUACCCGUGGGUGCCACCGCCCAUCAUGUCACCCCACAACCCCUACGCCCACCCCAUGGAUGACAUCGCGGAGCUGGAGGAGCCAGAGGAGGCGCCCGGGGAGCGGCAGGGAACCUCCUUCCGCCUGCCCAGCGCCACCUUCUUCGAACAGCAAGGCAUGGACAAGCCUUCCAGGUCCAAGCUCUCCCUCAUCCGCAGGUUCCGCCUCUUCCCACGGCCCCAGGUGAAGCUGUUUGGGAAGGAGAAGCUGGAGGUGCCCCUGCCCCCCUCCUUGGACAUCCCCCUACCCUUGGGGGAGGAGGAGGAGGAGGAGGACGAGGAAGAGGUGUCCCCCGUGCGCACCCGGCCCUACGCCCACCCCUUCUGGGGCUUCCUCACGCCGCGCCAGCGCAACCUGCAGCGGGCCCUGUCGGCCUUCGGCGCCCACCGCACCCCCCGCGGCCUGGGCUUCGGCCCCGAAUUCGGGCCCCCGCGCCCGGCCACCUCGCUGGCGCGCUUCCUCAAGAAGACGCUGUCGGAAAAGAAGCCGGUCCCGCGGCUCAGCGGCAGCCAGAAGGCCCGGCGUGGCGGCCCGGCCGUCCGGGAGGCGGCCUACAAGCGCUUCGGCUACAAGCUGGCGGGCAUGGACCCCGACCGGCCCAACACGCCCAUCAUGCUGCGCCGGGCGCACGACCGCGCCCCGCCCCGCGCCCCGCCCCGCGCGCCCCCGCCCGCGUCCGCCCACUGGAGCGCGCUGCUCGCCCCGCCCGCGCCCCGCGCUCCCAGCCCCGCGCCCGCGCCGCCCGCCCCCUUCUCCCCCGCACUCUCGGGCCGGCCCCUGCCCGCCUCGCCCUACGGCUCGCUCCGCCGCCACCCGCCGCCCUGGGCCGCGCCGGCGCACGUGCCUCUCACCCCGCAGGCCGCCUGGUGGGCCUUCGCGGAGCCCCCUCCCGUGAGCCCCGAGGUGCCUCUCGACCUGCUGGCCUUCCCUGGACCCCGGCCCUCGUUCCGGGGCUCCCGGCGAGGGGCAACCUUCAGCUUCCCCGGGACCUCUCCCCCGGCGUCUCGGAGGCAGGCCUGGCCCCCGCUGCCCUCUCCGCAGCCCUCGCUCCGGAGCCUGCCCGGCCUGGGCUACCGCUCCCCCUUGGGGCCUGCGUCCCCCCAGCCCUCCGUGCGGGCCGGCACCUUCCAGCCCACCUUCUCGCCGCUGCCCCGCCGCCCCCGAUCGCUGCGGGAGCCCCUGUCCCCGCGCCGCGUCUCCCGGCGGCUGGGCCCCCCGCAGCCGCCCUUUCCUUCGCCUCUGCUGGGCCCCAGCCGGCGAGGCUCGCUCAACCUGCCUUCGCGCUUCCCGCACACGUGGCGCCGCCUCAGCGAGCCGCCCACCAGGGCCGUGCAGCCCAGGGUGCGCCCGCCCUUCCGGAGGUCCCUGGGUCCGCGGUCGUGGCCUGCGGCAGUGGCUGCGGCCGCGGCCGCCGCGGAGCUCGAGGAGGAGAGCCGGCAGGAACCUGAGGACUCGGACGUACCCUGGACAGUGCCCCCUCUGGUCCCCAGCUGGGACGUGGACAUGCCUCCGCCCCAGCGCCCAUCCUCGCCUUGGCCAGGACGGGCAGGCAGCCGCCAGGGCUUCUCCAGGCCACCGCCUAUACCCGAAAACCCCUUUCUCCAGCACCUGGGCCCUGGGCCGUCCCCGGACUCCCAGCUGGAAGACCCAGACUCUGCCUUGACUGGUGUCUUCCUGGGUAGACACCAUGACCCGGGGCCUGGAGAGCUCACCAAAUCCGCCAGCCCCAGCCCUGAGAAGCCCAAAGAAGAGGCCUGCCCUGGGAACCCCCGGCCACCGGCAGAGCCUGAGCCGCCAAGCCCAAAGCCCCGCAGGAACUCUCCCCCAGAGCAGAAGGUGCUAAGGCUCAGCCUCUCCCACCCUCUGGCCGCAUGUGAUAGGAUGAGGGCCACGUGGCCACCGCGGCGCCGCUGGGGAACAUUGCCCGGUGCCCCAGGCCCCUCGGAGCCCACGGGUGUCCCAGGGCCUCUGCCCAGGGCAGGCGAGCGGCACCAGCCAGGUCCUGGGCGUCUUGCUGUAGUCCUGCCUCGGGUACAGAAACUGAACUCUCCCCAGCGCGCUGGUCCUGCCACUCUGCGGCCCCCCACCCAGCUGACCCAGGACCCAGAACCCAGCCUCAAGCCAAGAGCCUGGAGUCUGCUCUGGUCCUCUCUCUGGCUGCCAGCGAAGACCCACCGGCCCUGGCCACAAGUACAUGCCUGCCCCCCUUCCUGCCGCCUGGGCCCCGAAGCUGCCGUUCUGCCCCACAGGGGCCCCUGGGAAGAGGUUAGCCUCAAAAGCUGGUGGAAUAAGAUGCACUCCAUCCGCAACCUGCCAUCCACGCGGUUCCUGGAGCAGCAGCGGGAGGACGGUGUGGAGGACAUGACACAGCUGGAAGACCUCCAGGAGACCACUGUGCUGUCCAACCUCAAGACCAGAUUUGAACGGAACCUCAUUUACACCUACAUCGGCAGCAUCCUGGUGUCGGUGAACCCGUACCGGAUGUUCGGGAUCUACGGGCUGGAGCAGGUGCACCAGUACAGUGGACGGGCCCUGGGAGAGAACCCCCCGCAUCUCUUUGCAAUUGCAAAUCUCGCCUUCGCCAAAAUGCUCGAUGCCAAACAGAACCAGUGCAUAAUUAUCAGUGGCGAGAGCGGCUCUGGAAAAACUGAGGCCACAAAGCUGAUCCUGCGCUACCUGGCCUCCAUAAACCAAAAGCAGGGCAUCAUGCAGCAGAUAAAGAUCCUGGAGGCAACACCCCUCUUGGAGUCCUUCGGUAACGCCAAAACCGUUAGGAAUGACAAUUCCAGCCGCUUCGGGAAGUUUGUGGAGAUCUUUCUGGAAGGGGGCGUGAUCUCUGGUGCCAUAACCUCCCAGUACCUGCUCGAGAAAUCCAGGAUUGUGUUUCAGGCCAAAAACGAGAGGAACUACCACAUCUUCUACGAGCUGCUGGCUGGGCUGCCUGCCCCGCUGCGGCAGGCCUUCAGCCUGCAGGAGGCUGAGACCUACUACUACCUGAACCAGGGCGGGAACUGUGAGAUCUCCGGGAAGAGUGACGCAGAUGACUUCCGCCGGCUCCUCGCUGCCAUGGAGGUGCUGGGCUUCAGCGGGGAGGACCAGGACAGCAUCUUCCGCAUCCUGGCCUCCAUCCUGCACCUGGGCAAUGUCUACUUUGAGAAGUAUGAGACAGACGCACAGGAGGUAGCCUCGGUGGUGAGCGCCCGGGAGGUCCAGGCCGUGGCCGAGCUGCUGCAGAUCUCCCCUGAGGGGCUCCAGAAGGCCAUCACCUUCAAAGUGACCGAGACAAUCCGAGAGAAGAUCUUCACCCCCCUGACUGUGGAGAGUGCCGUGGAUGCCAGGGAUGCCAUUGCCAAGGUCUUGUAUGCGCUGCUGUUCGGGUGGCUCAUCACCAGGGUCAACGCGCUGGUAUCCCCCCAGCAGGAUGCACUGUCCAUCGCCAUCUUGGACAUCUAUGGCUUCGAGGACCUGAGCUUCAACAGCUUUGAGCAGCUGUGCAUCAACUACGCGAACGAGAACCUUCAGUACCUUUUCAACAAGAUCAUCUUCCAGGAGGAGCAGGAGGAGUACCUCCGCGAGCAGAUCGGCUGGCGGGAGGUCGCCUUCGCUGACAACCAGCCCUGCAUCAACCUCAUCUCCCUGAAGCCUUACGGCAUCCUGCGCAUCCUCGAUGACCAGUGCUGCUUCCCCCAGGCCACAGACCACACAUUUCUGCAAAAGUGCCAUUACCACCAUGGCGCCAACCCACUCUACUCCAAGCCCAAGAUGCCAUUGCCCGAGUUCACCAUCAAGCACUACGCAGGCAAAGUCACCUACCAGGUGCACAAGUUCCUGGACAAGAACCACGACCAGGUGCGUCAGGACGUGCUGGACCUAUUCAUUCGGAGCCGGACUCGGGUGGUGGCACGCCUCUUCUCCAGCCAUGCCCCCCAGGCUGCCCCUCAACACCUGGGCAAGAGCAGCUCCAUCACCCGUCUCCACAAGGCCCACACCGUGGCAGCCAAGUUCCAACAGUCGCUCCUGGAUCUGAUCGAAAAGAUGGAGAGGUGUAACCCCUUGUUCGUGCGCUGCCUGAAGCCCAAUCACAAGAAGGAGCCAGGCCUCUUUGAGGCGGAGGUGGUCAUGGCCCAGCUGCGCUAUUCCGGGGUGCUGGAGACCGUGCGGAUCCGCAAGGAGGGCUUCCCGGUGCGGCUGCCCUUCCAGGCGUUCAUCGACAGGUACCGCUGUCUAGUGGCCCUUGAGCACAACCUGCCAGCCAGUGGGGACAUGUGUGUGUCCGUGCUGAGCCGCCUGUGCACAGUCAUGCCAAACAUGUACCGCGUUGGCGUCAGCAAGCUCUUCCUUAAGGAACACCUCCACCAGCUCCUGGAGAGCAUGCGGGAGCAUGUCCGGAACCUGGCAGCCCUCACUCUGCAGCGCUGCCUUCGUGGCUUCUUCAUCCAGCGCCGUUUCCGCUCCUUACGCUGCAAGAUCAUCCUGCUGCAAAGUCGAGCCCGAGGCUACCUGGCCAGGCAGCGGUAUCAGCAGAUGAGAAAGAGUCUGGUGAAGUUCCGGUCCUUAGUGAACACAUAUGUGAGCCACCGGCGCCGCCUCAAGCUGAGGGCAGAGCGGAGGCUCCGGGUGGAGGAGGUGCGGCUACGGGAGCAGGAGGAGCUGAGCAAGCGGGAGGUGGUAGCUGUGGGACACCUGGAGGUACCAGCGGAGCUGGCUGGGCUCCUGCGAGCGGUGGCAGGCCUUAGGCCAGCGCAGAUGCCCCGGGUGGCCCCUGUUCGGACUCCCCGGCUCCAGGCUGAGCCCCGUGUCACACUGCCCCUGGAUAUCAACAACUACCCCAUGGCCAAGUUUGUCCGGUGCCACUUCACGGAACCUGCCUUCGGGAUGCUGACGGUGCCCCUGAGGAUGCCCCUCACUGGGCUGCCAGUAGAGCACCACGCAGAAGCCGUGAGCGUCUUCAAGCUGGUCCUGCGUUUCAUGGGUGACCCCCACCUGCACGGUGCCCAGGAGCGCGUCUUCGGGAACUACGUUGUGCAGAAAGGGCUGGCAGUGCCCGAACUCCGGGACGAGAUCCUGGCACAACUGGCCAACCAGGUGUGGCGCAACUCCAGGACCCACAAUGCCGAGCGGGGCUGGCUCUUGCUGGCUGCCUGCCUCAGUGGCUUUGCACCUUCCUCACGCCUCAACAAGUACCUGCUCAAGUUUGUGUCUGAUUAUGGGCGGGGCGGCUUCCAGGCCGUGUGUCAGCAUCGCCUCAUGCAGGCCAUGGGCCGGGCCCAGCAGCAGGGCCCCGGGGCUGCCCGCACCUUCCCUCCCACCCAGCUCGAGUGGACAGCAGCACAGGAGAAGGCCAGCAUGGCUUUGGAUGUGGGCUGCUUCAACGGCGACCAGUUCUCCUGCCCGGUACACUCCUGGAGCACGGGGGAGGAGCUGGCUGGAGACAUCCUGAGGCACAGGGGCCUGGCGGACGGCUGGCGGGGCUGGACGGUGGCGAUGAAGAAUGGGGCCCAGUGGGCAGAGCUGGCAGGCCACGACUACGUGCUGGACCUGGUGUCAGACCUAGAGCUGCUCAGGGACUUCCCACGACAGAAGUCCUACUUCAUUGUGGGUGCAGAAGGGCCCGUGGCUGGCAGAGGAGGCCCGAGAGCGGUGUUUGGGAACAGCUGGGACUCAGAUGAGGACACGCCCACUAGGCCCCAACCACAGGGGCACAUGCCCAACGUGGCUGACUCCAAUGGGUACUGCAGCCACAAUGAGGACAGUACAGAUGGGGAGACUGAGGCCCAAAGAGGUACAACAACCCGCCCAGGCCUGGACAGCCCUGGAGAGCCUGCUGUGUCCCACAAGGGCCUGGACUGCUACCUGGACAGUCUCUUCGACCCCGUGCUGUCCUGCGGGGACGCGGACCUGGAGAAGCCAACAGCCAUUGCCUAUCGCAUGAAAGGGGGAGGCCAGCCUGGCGGCGGUGGCAGUAGCAGCACUGAAGACACUCCCAAGAGACCCCCAGAGCCAAACCCAAUCCCAGCCCUGGACGCCUCCACAUUGGCUCUGCAGCAAGCUUUCAUCCACAAACAGGCCGUGCUGCUGGCCAGAGAGAUGACCCUGCAGGCCAUGGCCCUCCAGCAGCAGCCCCUGAGUCCUGCCCCAAGGCCCUUCCCCCCGGAGAAGCCCCAAGCCCCCGAGGCACGGCCCAAGCUCGUGGGCACUGGACCCCCCGCCAAGCCCGUGCUCCUGCGCUCCCCUCCGAAGCCCUUGACCCCCGCCCCUCCGGCCAAGGCCCCCCGGCCCCCCACCAAGCCCGUGGCUGCCCCCAUUCUAGCUCAGGACCGGUCUUCUCCAGAAACCACUUUGCCCUGCCCCGAGCUGGUCCGGUACUCCACACUCAACUCGGAGCACUUCCCGCAGCCCACGCAGCAGAUCAAGAACAUCGUCAGGCAGUACCAGCAGCCGCCCCAGGGCGGGAAGCCCAAGGCCCUCAGGAAGGACUGCGGGAGGGUGUUCGUGAAGCGGCCAGACCCCCACGAGGAAGCCCUGAUGAUCCUGAAGGGGCAGAUGAGCCACGUGGCGACAGCACCUGGCACGCAGGUGCCCAGGGAGGCUGUGGCCCUGGUGAGGCCAGUGACCAGCGCACCGAGGCCACCCAUGCGACCCACUCCAGCACUGCCCUCGAGGUCGCUGGAGCCCGCCGAGGAUCCAGUGCAGACGCAGCUGCACCGCCUCCCCAACCCCAGUUUUUAUGGCUACCAGGACCCCCCCUGGCAGAUCUUCCUGCGCAAAGAGGUGUUUUACCCGAAGGACAGCUACAGCCACCCCGUGCAGCUGGACCUCCUGUUCCGGCAGAUCCUGCAUGACACGCUCUCCGAGGCCUGCCUGCGCAUCUCCGAGGACGAGAGGCUCAAGAUGAAGGCCCUGUUUGCCCAGAACCAGCUGGACACGCAGAGGCCCCUGGUGACGGAGAGCGUGAAGCGGGCUGUGGUCAACACCGCACGCGACAGCUGGGAGGUCUACUUCUCCCGCCUCUUCCCGGCCACGGGCAGCGUGGGCACGGGCGUGCAGAUCCUAGCUGUGUCCCACACGGGCAUCAAGCUCCUGCAGAUGGCCAGGGGCAACCGGGAGGCCAGUGGGCAGCUGCGUGUCCUGCGCGCGUACAGCUUUGCAGAUAUCCUGUUUGUGACCAUCCCCUCCCGGAACAUGCUGGAGUUCAACCUGGCCAGCGAGAAGGUCAUCCUCUUCUCAGCCCGCGCUCGGCAGGUCAAGACCCUGGUGGACGACUUCAUCCUGGAGCUGAAGAAGGACUCGGACUACGUGGUUGCUGUGAGGAACUUCCUGCCUGAGGACCCGUCGCUGCUGGCCUUCCACAAGGGCGACAUCAUCCACCUGCAGCCGCCGGAGCCGCCCCGCCUGGGCUACAGCGCCGGCUGUGUCGUCCGCAAGAAGGUGGUAUACCUGGAGGAGCUGCAGAGGCGAGGCCCUGACUUCGGCUGGAGGCUCGGGGCCAUCCACGGGCGCGUGGGGCGCUUCCCUUCCGAGCUGGUGCAGCCCGUGGCCGCCCCCGACUUCUUGCAGCUGCCCGCGGAGCCCAGCCGGGGUCGUGCCGCUGCCGUGGCCGCCGCCGUGGCCUCCACGGCUGCCGCACGGGAGGUGGGCCGCAGGAGAGAGGGUUCCCCCAUCAGGACCGGCUCGGCUGGUCAUGGGGAGGAUGUCCUGGCUCCCCCACCACGCACGAUGCUGGCGUUUGCCCAGAAGUAUUUCCGUGACCCUCAGAGGAGACCCCAGGACGGCCUCAGACUCAAAUCCAAGGAGGGCCGGGAGUCCAGAACCUUGGAGGACAUGCUUCGCUUCACCAAGAGCCCGCUCCAGGAAUCCCUCAUCGAGCUCAGCGACGCCAGCCUCAGCAAGAUGGCCACCGACAUGUUCCUAGCCGUGAUGCGGUUCAUGGGGGACGCCCCGCUGAAGGGCCAGCGCGAACGGGAUGUGCUCUGCACCCUCCUGAAGCUGUGCGCCGAGCAGGAGGCCCUGCGGGACGAGUGCUACUGCCAAGUGGUGAAGCAGCUCACAGACCGCGCCGGCGGCGAGCAGGACAGCUGCCAGCGGGGCUGGAGGCUGCUGUACAUCGUGACCGCCUAUCACAGCUGCUCGGAGGUCCUCCGGCCACCCCUCGUCCACUUCCUCCAGGAUGUGAGCCAGAGCCCAGGCCUGCCCUUCCAGGGAAUCGCCAAGGCCUGUGAGCAGAACCUGCAGAAAACCCUGCGCUUCGGCGGCCGUCUGGAGCUGCCCAGCAGCAUGGAGCUCCGGGCCCUGUUGGCGGGCCGCAGUUCCAAGAGGCAACUCUUCUUCCUCCCUGGGGGCCUCGAACGCCAUCUCAAAAUCAAAACGUGCACCGUGGCCCUGGACGUGGUGAAGGAGAUCUGUGCUGAGAUGGCCUUGACUCGCCCUGAGGCCUUCGAUGAAUAUGUCAUCUUUCUUGUCACCAACCGAGGCCAGCACGUGUGCCCACUCAGCCGCUGCACCUACAUCCUGGACGUGGCCUCAGAGAUGGAGCAGGUGGACGGCAGCUACAUGCUCUGGUUCCGGCGUGUGCUCUGGGACCAGCCACUGAAGUUUGAGAAUGAGCUCUACGUGACCAUGCACUAUAACCAGGUCCUGCCCGACUACCUGAAGGGCCUCUUCAGCAGCAUGCCAGCCGGCCAGCCCCGCGAGCAACAGCUGCAGCAAGUGUCCAAGCUGGCGUCCCUGCAGCACCGGGCCCAGGACCUCUUCUACCUGCCCAGCAUACGGGAGGUCCAGCAGUACAUCCCGGCUCAGCUCUACCACUCCACGGCCGGCUCCACCUGGCUCAGCCUGGUCAGUCAGCACCGGCAGCAGACACAAGCGCUCAGCCCCCACCAGGCCCGUGCCCAGUUUCUGGGCCUCCUCAGCGCCUCACCCAUGUUUGGCUCCUCCUUCUUCUUCAUUCAGAGCUGCAGCAACCUUGCUGUGCCGGCCCCCAGCAUCCUUGCCGUCAACCAGAAUGGCCUCAACUUCCUCAGCACUGAGACCCACGAGCUGAUGGUGAAGUUCCCCCUGAAGGAGAUCCAGUCGACGUGGACCCAGCGGCCCACAGCCAGCUCCAGCUACCCCUACGUGGAGAUCGUGCUGGGGGAUGUGGCAGCCCAGUGCACCAUGCAGCUGCAGCUGGAGCAGGGCCUGGAACUGUGUCGAGUGGUGGCUGUGCACGUGGAGAACCUGCUCAGUGCCCGGGAGAAGCAGCUCACGCUGCCCCCCAGUGAGAUCACGCUGCUCUGACCCAG